AUGGAGUUGGUGACAAAAUCUGCAGAAAGUGAAGGGGGAUAUGCAUAUGCUAAGAAUUGUUUCUUAGAGAUGGGAGAAAAGAUUGAUACAUGUGUGGGAAAGGGGAAACAAGUUGAAGAAGCUAAUCGGCUAAUGCCCAUAGUUAAGGAUGUAGCUGAAAGUAUGAGUACGGCUCCAAGUGAAAUUGAGAGACCAAAGAAUGCAUUGGAGCAUGCUGCGACAAAGCGCAGAAGCAAGGCAAAGAAAAAGGAUACAGUCGUGGAAACACUACAGGAUGACAAGUUUGAGAAUAAUAAUAAGCGAAUUGAGGUUCCUUCACCGGUCCUAAAUUGGUCUUCCCAACCUCUUAAGCUUUGUCGAGUUAUGGAAGAGGGAAACAACCACAAUUCAAUUAUCCAAGUGUUAACGAGGUACGUACAUGGAUAG